AUUCGAUUCGCAGCAUUUGGAGCGUUUUUAUAUAAGACGGGCAAUCUUGGUCGAAAUCAACAACUGUUCUUAAAAUCAUUAAUUUAUUGGGUUUUACAAUAAAUAUAAACUAUAAGAAUGGGAUUUUUAACAGUUUUAAAGAAAAUGAGACAAAAGGAAAAAGAAAUGCGUAUAUUACUGCUAGGUUUGGAUAAUGCCGGCAAGACUACCAUAUUGAAACGUUUCAAUGGAGAACCCAUUGAUACAAUUUCACCAACAUUGGGAUUUAAUAUAAAAACCUUGGAGCAUAAUGGAUACACUUUAAAUAUGUGGGAUGUUGGUGGCCAGAAAUCAUUGCGUUCAUAUUGGCGUAAUUACUUCGAAUGUACUGAUGGCUUGGUGUGGGUCGUUGACAGCGCAGAUAGAAUGCGUUUGGAGACAUGCAAGCAGGAAUUAGAAAUUUUACUACAAGAAGAAAGACUGGCGGGGGCUACCUUAUUGGUAUUGGCCAACAAGCAAGAUUUACCAGGCGCAUUAACAGCAAAUGAAAUUAAAGAGGCCUUGCAAUUGGAUAACAUUACCACACAUCAUUGGUUGGUUGUUGGAGUAAGUGCUGUAACGGGCGAAAAGCUAUUGAAUGCCGUUGACUGGUUAAUUGAUGAUAUAGCAAAACGAAUUUUCACUCUAGACUGAAGACUUGUAUUAUUAACCAAAUCUAUGCUACUACUAGUGUAUUUGUUUCAAACAUUUCCAUUUUAAAAUCUCAAUUUCGUACAAUUAUCAAAUAAUAUUAGUUUUUAUUUAUCUACCAAAUACAUUGUAUAAAGGCGUUUCCAAUCUUCUCGAUCAAA